CUGGAAAGACUGACAGCAUUAUCCACCAAUCAGAAAGGAGGAGAGAGAAGGAACCAGCAAGGGGGAAUUGUGGGGGGAGGAAGUGGCUGGGAGAAGGAGACUGUGUGUGUGUGGAGGUGAUGGUGCACAGCUAGACUCACUGGAGGUUGGGGUGUCGUCCCCUCUCAGUGUCAUCAGUGACCAGCCACUCUGUGUGCCCUGCUACAGCUGUCAUUACUGCCCAGGACUGGAGGAGAUAUACAGCAGCUGGUUUCUUCAGGUUUCAUGGUUGAGGCCAUGAAGGACCUUGGUCAUCUGAAUGCAAGGACAUCUUCCAUGGCGGUCUCGGCACGCAGGGGACUCUGGCUACGCCUAUGGUCUGCGGAUGCGGAAUCCAAGUAAAGUGUGGAGAACCUACCCUUCACAGGUCAGGCUCUAUUUGGGGAAGCAUUGGAUGCGUGGAGUUCCACAGCUACCACGGGGUCCAGGGAGAGUGGCCUUGCUGGGACGGGGUCUUGUCUUCUCGUCCCUCUCUUUGCUGGCCGUCCAGUCAUACAGAUGGAAGUGUAAACAUGCUGUAGUAUAUGCCAGCAUUAAAGUUGAGGAUGUGAAGGAACAAGCCGACUAUCUUCAUGGCAGAGAAGAAAUUGUGAAGUUAUAUGAAUUUUUGAUCCAGUACAAGGACAGCGAAGACCCUGAACUUCUCUGGCGGCUGUCCCAGGCUUCUCAUGGUCUAAGUCAACUUGGCACAACUGGAGCCGCUGAGAAGAAGCGAUUGAUUUAUGAAGCUCUACACUUUGCAAGAAAAGCACUGGAAAUAGACGAGUCCUGUUCAGCAGCUCAUAAGUGGUAUGCGAUAUGCCUCAGUGAUGCUGGAGACUAUGAAGGCGCCAAAGUGAAAAUUGGAAAUGCAUACAGCGUAAAGGACCACUUACAGAGAGCGAUUGACCUGAAUCCCAAAGAUGCCACCUCUAUUCACCUCCUUGGCCUUUGGUGCUAUAUGUUAGCUGACCUGCCAUGGUACCAGGCGAAACUUGCCGCAGCACUGUUUGCAACUCCGCCAUCAUCAACAUUUGAGGAGGCUUUAAUAUACUUUGAAAAAGUCGAAGAAGUUGAUCCAAAUUCGUACAGCGCAAAUCUUCUUUACUUGGGGAAAAGUUUCUUAAAACUGAAGAACAAGGAUUUGGCCUUAUCCUGGCUGCACAAAGCAAGGGAUUAUCCUGUACGCACAGAGGAAGAUAAGGAGGUGCACAAGGAGGCUACUAAGAUCCUGAAGUCGCUGGGGGAAAAAAUCUGAUAUAUACAGGAUACUGGACAAUUAUACUUCUCUGGUCGCUAACGUGAAAUGACUAAAUAUUGUAAUGUUGAUAACUUAUAAAGCUUACAUGAAUAUACAUUGAUUUUAAGUAUUAAAACAAGUAUAUUUAAUAAAUCUAUACUUUAAUACUCACA